AUCGUCCGAUUCGCUGCCUCGUGUGUCGAAAGUUUCGACUUGUACUCAUUUCCGUCUCUGUAACCGGUCUGUGUGCGUGAUAUUUUGCCUUCGCAUAGUGAUUAUUAACAAUUUUUCCUGCUUGUGAGUGCAUAAUUAAGUUCGUGCGAGUCUGAUUUAGUGAACGAUGGCUGCUAUGUCAGUGAUUGGCAUAGAUUUCGGCAACGAGUCUUGUUAUGUCGCCGUAGCCCGUGCUGGUGGAAUAGAAACCAUUGCGAACGACUACAGUUUACGAGCCACACCAUCAUGCGUAGCCUUCAGCGAGAAAACCAGGAUCCUAGGAGUUGCAGCGAAGAAUCAGCUGGUAACAAACAUGAAAAACACUGUCUACGGGUUCAAGCGACUUUUGGGGCGCCAGUACAAAGACCCGUUCAUCCAGAAAGAUCUUCAGAGUCUCACAUACCAGACAGUCGAAACACCAUCCGGUGGGGUUGGAAUUAAGGUGAACUACUUGAACGAGCCACAUGUAUUUCACCCAGAGCAGAUCACAGCCAUGCUUUUAACGAAACUGAAAGCCAUCUCUGAAGAAGCCCUCAAUACCAAAAUCAAUGACUGUGUUAUUUCUGUUCCUAGUUAUUUCACAAAUACGGAGAGGAAAGCACUGUUAAAUGCAGCUUCAAUCGCAGGGCUGAAUGUACUUCGAUUGUUUAACGAAACUACAGCCACAGCCUUGGCGUAUGGUAUCUACAAACAAGACCUCCCCCCGCCAGAAGAGAAGCCUAGGAAUGUUGUCUUUGUUGACUGCGGUUAUUCGUCUCUACAAGUCUCCGCAUGUGCGUUCCACAAAGGAAAGCUUAAGAUGUUAGCCUGUGCAGCCGAUCCAGAUCUAGGUGGUCAUUCGUUCGAUGUGAUCCUAGCAGAACACCUGAGCAAAGACCUGAAAGCUCGAUACAACAUAAACCCUAUGACCAACGCUCGUGCGUAUACACGACUCCUUACGGAAGUGGACAAGCUCAAGAAACAAAUGUCGGCCAAUUCUACCAAACUACCUCUAAACAUCGAGUGCUUUAUGGAAGACAAGGAUGUCCAUUGUGACAUGAAACGAGCGGACAUGGAAGAACUCUGCGCGGGGUUAUUCCAACGAGUGGAGAAAACCUUGCGACAAUGUCUGGAAGACUCUAAACUAAAAUUAGAAGAUAUUCAUGCUGUGGAAAUCGUUGGCGGGUCAAGUCGAGUGCCGGCGAUCAAGCAGCUCAUCGAAGUGGUAUUCAACAAGCCUGCCUCAACAACGCUGAACCAAGAUGAAGCCGUCGCACGAGGCUGUGCCCUCCAGUGCGCCAUGCUCUCUCCGGCUGUUCGCGUUCGGGACUUUGCAGUCACUGACAUCCAAAUGUAUCCUGUACAUAUUAACUGGGAUGGACAUGACGCCCAGGAUCAAGGGGAAAUGGAAGUGUUUAGCAAGAAUCAUGCGGCUCCAUUCUCUAAAGUCCUUACUCUGUACAAGAAAGAAUCGUUCAACCUCAAGGCGUUCUAUCCUCCCAACAGUGUUCCAUAUCCUGAUCCAAGAAUCGGCGAAUACUGCAUCAAGAACAUCAAGCCAACAGCGCAAGGCGGGACACAGAAGGUGAAGCUAAAAAUCCGCAUCAACAUUCACGGGAUUGUCUCUGUUUCCUCUGCGUCCCUGAUCGAGCAGAUCAAAGGUAGCGCUGAGCCGAUGGACGUCGAAGUCAACGAAGAGGAACACAAGGAGAAAGAGCAACCUGCGCAAGAAACAACGCAGGAACAACAACAGCCUCCGGAGGCCAAUGCCAAUUCUCAGGACGCGCAGCCAAACGGCCCUGCCGAGGACGACGACGCGGAGAAGAAAGAGAAAAAGCGGAAAACAGUGAAAUCAGUAGACCUGCCAAUCGAAGAGUUCCUGCCGGGCUUUUCCUCGAGCGAAGUGAGCAGUUUCUUCGAGGCUGAGGGGCAGAUGAUGGCCGCCGACCGUCAGGAAAAGGACCGAGUUGACGCGCGUAACAGUCUGGAGGAGUACGUUUACGAGCUCCGAGGAAAGCUGUCGGAAGAACUCUCGGCCUAUGUUGUUGAGAAGGACCGAUCGUCGCUAGUCGAGCAAUUGGAUCAGAUGGAGAACUGGCUCUACGAGGAAGGGGAAGAGUGUGUCAAGCAGGUUUACAUGGACAAACUUGGAUCUUUAAGGAGUAUCGGUGAUGCCAUCUACCAGCGGAAGAUGGAGUAUGAAGCAAGGCCCAAAGCACUGGAAGAACUGAGCGUAGCCAUCCAACUUGCGUUCAAGAACUUAGAGCAGUACAAAGCAAGGGAAGAUAAGCUGAAAAACUUGGACCCUGCAACGGUCGAGAAGAGCGAACAAAAUAUCCGCAAUCUUCACCACUGGUGUGAAGAGAAGAGAGCAAUCCUCAGCGCAACGCCUCUGCACCAGAACCCACCCGUCUCUGUUGCAGAAAUACUUGCCGAAAAAGAGAAAGCGGUGUCGGAAAUCAAACUCCUUUCGACGAUGCCCAAAGUAGCGCCGGAACCCGCCAAACAACAGCCGCCGCCCGAACAAUCGCAAGAGUCGACGCAAGAUGAAAAGAUGAAAACAGAGAACGGGGAACAGGAUUAAAAGUUGUAAAUGUAUUUAUUCCUUUCGAUAACUAAUAUUUUUAUUCAAAUUGCAUUUGUACCUCACUCCUCUCUCUCGAACCUGGCAAUUCCAUUAGCAGCAAAUCGUUAGGCGUAGACUUCACUUGGAUUCCACUGAAUAAUUUGUUAUUCUAUUAAUUAAUUAAAUAAUUAUGUAUGAGUCACUAGGGAGGGUGCCAUUCUUGAUUAACUCGGCGCCUAAUGCGUAUGAUAGGUGCGGAAUGUUCCAAGUAACCUAAUUUAAAGUUCAGCAUAAAGAACCGAGAAUUUGGUAGAUUAUUACAGUCUAAACCUUCAAGAAAUAAUCUGAUUUAAAGUGCUCUUAUCGGCCGAAAUAGAAAGUCAUAAUUUCUGUGAUGUACUCCAAAUUGCUCUGCGAAAACGCAUUUGUUGAUUGUUCACUUGACUAUGCAUUAUCUUAAGGUAACCAUGGACAAAGUACACUUACGCUUAAAAAUGUUUUAUAUUCUCCCCUAGGAUUUAGUAGCGUAGCUUGUUACUGUAUCAGUCAAUGUGACCAGUAAAUUAUUUGCUUGUACAUAUCAACUUAAUCUUUAAAAUUAUAAGUUAGUCUAUUAUUUCAAGGCGAUGGAAAUGUAGGUAACUUGUCUUUUGAAUUCCGAAUAUUUCCAUUUUUCCUCUGCAUAUGAAAAGAAAAUUUGGUUGUUGAAGAGGAGUGGGGAAAUUCCAGGCCAGGUGAGCACUUUAUUGACCUAAGAACAUCCCGCACCUCCGUUUAUGCCUAAAAUUGCUUCUUUGAAACAGUUGUGUUUUUGAAAUUAUCGCUUUAAUCAAUUCCUAAUGCGCCUCAGCUGCAUAGCUAAUUUUUUACGUUUGUAGGUCUAAAUUUUCAAUAAAAUUUAUCUCAUCUUUAAUGGUUCGAAGACAUCAAGAGCUAGCUCGUGCUGCAAUCUGUACGCUAAUCGAUGCAUUUUAGUGAUAACAAUUUAAUUGUACUAUUUUUCCUUUUAAUGUCUCGAAACAGUUUUUUUGUGUUUUAGUCAUUAAAUGUUCAUCUCCUAUUAA